UAGCCGAAAAUACAAACAAUUAGAAGCUGUGCUCUGUUGAACUUCAAUAUACAUAUUUUGCUAGAAAAUGAACAUUGAUACUGAUAUAGUCGCCGAAAAACCAGAAGGCAUGACUUCGAAAUCAAAUCAAAAUCAAUGUCGAAUUUGUUACAGCAUUGCUGAUUUUUUUGUUCCACUUAGCAAAACAAUCAAUGGAAACAGUUUAGCGGAGAUGCUACGAUACUGUGUAAAACUAGAGAUAAAUGAAAACGAUGGUUUUCCAUAUCACUGCUGCACGGAAUGUAAAUCAGAUUUGGAAGUUUCGUACAAAAUGGUCAUUCGUUGUCACGAGUCUAACAAUAAAUUCAAAGAACAGCUGAUGCAGAUCAACUUGAAUUCUGGGUACGGUGCUGCAGACAACAUAAAAACCGAAACAGACGAUGAAAUAAUGCCAGUUGAAUGUAUCUACGCAGAACCAUUAUUCGAUGUACAACUCGCAUUGGAUGUAAAACCGGCUGUUAAAAAUGAAACUGGUGUGAGUCUUGAUGUGAAUAGUUUAAAUGGUACAAGUUCAGAAUACGACAAUGAAAUUCAUGAUAAAGGCGAGCAACGAAAACGCAGGAAAGAAAAACUCUCAGGCCCAAAGAGAUGUUGUCGAUGCAAACAAAAAUUAUCGACCAUGGACGAGGUCCGUGAACAUUCCAAAACGGUUCACCUAAGUAUGAAAAUUACGGACCCAGCGAAAAUAGGGUCCCGUCCUUAUGAAUGUGGAAUAUGUUAUAAAAGAUAUACAACAAAAAAAGCACUUGGAUUACACAAGCAACAACUUUAUAUUGAGAACCUGUAUAAAUGUAACGAGUGUGACGCGGAUUUUAAAUCCGAAACCUCAUUGAACACGCAUAAAGAAACUCAUGCUGGAGAUGUGGUACAACCAUAUAAUAAUCGGAAGGGACAACAGCCUCGGUGCUGUGCUUGUUACGAACAAUUUGAAACUGACGAGAAAUUGAAACAACACGCAAAUGAAAUACAUCUACCAGAAACGCUAAAUAUUGAGGAUACUAACAAUCAGUAUCAAUGUGGUUUAUGUUUUCGAAGAUAUAAAAAUGUGAGAAUUCUCCGAGAACAUCAGCUAAAACCAUAUCGCAUGCAACAAUAUCAGUGUUCGACAUGCGGACGAAUCUUCCGUGACAAAGGAGCUGUGGCUGACCAUGAGCGGUCUCAUUUCGAUGAACGGGCUUACGUCUGUCCAAUUUGCGCCAAAUCGUUCGUCAUGAAAGACUCAUAUCGAAAACAUGUUAAAGCACACUCAUUAGCUGAAGAUCGAUUCAAGUGUGAGACUUGUGGCAAAGGUUUCAAAACAAAGGCAAAUCUCAAGGGUCACUUUAUCACGCAUAAUCCACACCAUAGACCGAUCCUAUGUCCGAUGUGUCCGUCUACAUUUGCACGAAAAGUUUGUCUUCAAGCACAUAUGAAACUUCACACUGGUGAGAAACCGUACACAUGCGAUCAAUGUGCGGCUGCUUUUACUUUUUCCACAGACUAUAGGCGUCAUGUUAUGGCGCAUCAAGGAUUAAAACCGUUCGUAUGUUCAAUUUGUGGUCGAGGGUAUCCCCGCAAGGACUACCUGAGAAAGCACAUGGCAAACCAUAGUACGCAGGGAUGAUGUGACGAGGCGUAACUAAAAUAUUUAAUAUACCUAUGUAUAUAAACAUCACUAUUG